CGGAAGUGCGGGGAGGGGGACGAAGAGGAGGGGGACGGAGUGUUGUGCGUGUUGUGACAUCACGUUCAAGAGAAGGGGAGACGGGGCAGGGUGGUGGCUGCAGAGCACGUGCAAACACAGGUUUGAACGUUGUCUUCUGGAGAGAGUGGUGGCCCAUCCAGGUUGGCGCGGGGGGUUCUUUUGAAGGGCAGUGGGACAAGGUGGAAAGGUAUGCGGAGGUAGCUGCGGGAGGGCCUUGGAUGCCAGGAGAGGAGCUUUGGCCAUUUUGGUCCUUGCGCUGCAGACUUUGAGUACAGCUGAUAGGCGGUGCCCGUGCUGUGUUGAGAACAUGAAUCUGGAUGCGGGGUGCAGGAGGGGCCGUGAGAGAGAAACAGAAGAGGGAUUCAGCAGCACAGUCUCUCGGGGAUGGAUCAGGCCGCUGCGAGUGGAAGCCAGAAGCUCUGGCUACAUUUCCUCGAAUCCUCCCUGCCCGGAUGGAUUUUGAGCCCAGGGGUGACUCUUGGGUCUCCUCGCCUCCGGGAUGCUGAGAAGAGAUCCCUGCAGUGUCCCCAGGGCAACAUGGCAGGUGCGGUGGGCACAGUAGGAAGAGGCCCUGCGUCUGAAACAUGCAAAGACCUGAAUGAAAGGUCCUGCAGCAUCGCCGGGAGCUCCCAUCUGUGGAUGUCAUUACAGGAGGCUUGGGAGGUUGGCAGAAGAGGGAGGGCAUAGGAGACCCCAGGCCUGGCCUGGCCUGGUCCAGAUUCUGAUAACAGGAACUGUGACAGACGAGAUAUCUGUGGGCCAGCCUUGCCCAGGUUUAUGGCUCAGUCAUUUGAGAAGAGAGACACAGCCUGUGAACUGUUAGGAGUGAAUGCUCAGUGGAGAGUGUGGUAUUUCGAAAGGGCUUGGCACGUUUUCUGAAUGUUUCUGGCUGCCUGCUGGGCUCAGAGUUUCCUGUUUCUAGUUCCCCACAUGUGUCACAGCUGAGGAUUAAAGCCCUAAGAGGCAUCACCGGAGCCCACUUUCUCCUUUCUCUCAGCCUCUGCACAGCUGGGUCUCCUGACAAGCUGUGAGGCAUCCCUCUCCUACGUACAGACCAGACCCAAAGCUCUUUGGGAAAGAAAAGUGCAAUUAGCAACUCCAUCCAGGACUGACUUCUAAAUGCACUUUUGUUUUUAAUAACCACCAUCAACUCAGCGGGCUCCAACCAGGGACAGAAACCCUGCGGGCUGACCCUGACUUACCACCUCCCUUGGGGCCAGCCGUUCCCAAAGCCUCCAACCAUAAGGAAAGGGGACGGUAGAUGCGCCCCCUGAAGAUGGUGACUCCUUCCUAAGGAGCCGGUCACUUCCUACGAGACAAGGCCUCCUCCACAGUUACUGGGCUGAUUCACCCCAGGGGCCCGCCGGCCUUUUCUCGUCAACAGCUGAAGUCCUCCACCCUGUUUCAGGAGAAUAUGAAAGUAUUAUUCAGGCUUGUUUGUUUCAUAGCUCUACUGACUUCUUCUCUGGAGGCUGAUAAAUGUGUGGCACGUGAAGAGGAAGUUAUUUUAGUUUCGUCUGCACAUGAAAUUGAUGCUCGUUCAUGUCCUCUUAUCCUAAGUGAACACAAAGGCCCUAUAAUUUGGUAUAAAAAUGACAGCGAGACACCUGUAUCUACCGAAAGAGACUCCAGGAUUCAUCAGCACAAAGAUAAACUGUGGUUUGUUCCUGCUGAAGUAGAGGAUUCAGGAUAUUACUACUGUGCAGUGAGCAAUUCAACUUACUGCCUCAAAACUAAAAUAGCUGCAGAGUUUGUACAGCAUGAGCCUAACUUGUGUUACAAUUCACAAGCCGUAUUUACACAGAGACUACUGAUUCCAGGAGAUGGACAACUUGUAUGUCCUUAUUUGGAUUUUUUCAGAGAUGAAAACAAUGAGUUACCCCAAAUACAGUGGUAUAAGGACUGCAAACCUCUACUUCUUGACAAUAUAAACUUUGUUGGAAUAACAAAUAAACUCAUCAUCACGAAUGUGACUACGGCGCAUAAUGGGCACUAUACGUGUCAUGCAUCCUACACACACUUGGGAAAGCAGUAUCACGUCACCCGGGCGAUAAAACUCAUUACUCUAGUGAAAUCCAGGAACAAGAGACCCGAGAUUGUGAGCCCAGCUAAUGAGACGAUAGAAGUGGUCUUGGGAUCCUGGCUCCAACUGAUCUGCAAUGUUACCGGCCAGUUAAGUAACUUUGUCUACUGGAGGUGGAAUGGGUCAGGAAUUAAGGAAUAUGAGCCUAUGAUGAUGGAAGAGUUUACACACGUGCCGAAUCCUUUAAACAAAAGAGAGAGUGCGGUCGUCGCACGCCUUAAUAUUACGGCAGUGGACAGUAAAUUUCUUCUGCAUCCAUUCAUCUGUUUAGCCAAGAAUACAGAAGGAAUGAGUACGGCAUACAUCCAAUUAAUACAGCCAGUCCCUGACUUCCAGACGCCCACAAUUGGUAUAUUUGUCAUGUUAGCAUUGGUAAUUACAUGCUCUGUUUUCAUCUAUAAAGUCUUCAAGGUUGACAUUGUGCUCUGGUACAGAGAUUCUUUCUAUGAUUUUCUCCCAAAAAAAGCUUCAGAUGGAAAGACGUAUGAUGCAUACAUACUAUGUCCAAAGAACCCUGGGGAAGGGUCCACCUCUAACUCAGAUAUUUUUGUGUUUAAAGUCUUACCUGAGGUCUUGGAAAAACAGUGUGGAUAUAAGCUCUUCAUCAGUGGCCGAGAUGACUAUGUUGGGGAAAGCAUUGUUGAGGUUGCUAAUGAAACCAUAAAGAAAAGCAGAAGACUGAUUAUCAUUUUGACCCGAGAAAUAUCAGGAUUCUGCUGGCUGGGGAAUUCAUCUGAAGAGCAGAUAGCCAUGUACAACGCUCUCAUUCAGGAAGGAAUUAAAGUUGUCCUGCUGGAGCUAGAGAAAAUCCCAGACUAUGAGAAAAUGCCAGAAUCCAUUAAAUUCAUUAAGCAGAAAGAGGGGGCCAUACGCUGGUCAGGGGACAUUAGAGAAGGGUCGCACACUACGAACUCGAGGUUCUGGAAGAAGGUCAGGUACCACAUGCCAGUCCAGCGGCAGCCGCCUUCAGCCAAGCACAAGCUGCUGUCCCCAGCCACUCAGCUGGACUCGAAGGAGAAACGGCCUCUGGAGGUCCACGUGCCCCUUGGGUAGCAGAGAAGCUUGGUCAAGAGUUCCUUGGUGAUUCCUGUCUUCAGGCAUUGCAGGCGGGGCUGGGCCUCACUGACUUGUACAGUCAUACCACACACCUGUGUAGUCCCUUAUCCCUGAGGUCACCUAGAAUUAGAUUGUUAAGGGAGCAGUAUGUGGUGACAGUUGCCCUGUGGCCAGGGCAACUCAGAGCAGAGGGCUUGGGAAGUCCUUUAACAAGGCAGCAGAUGCCCUGUCUGAAUGUUUGAACUGCUGAGAAAAGGCACUGAGGCGGCAAACAAGAGGAAUGAACGUGCAGGAAAUCCCUUCUAUAGACAGCUUUAGGAAGUCACCCACAGUCUGAGGGCAGGGCUGUGGCCCAGUCUGGGGACAGCAGGGUCACUGGUCCUCGAGCGGUUCUCUUGGACAUUGCUGCAGGUACAGUGAGACCCGUACUUCCCAGGGAAAUGAGACGCAUUCUUGGAGAACUUUCCAUUUGCCUUGCAUUUCCCAUACCCCUUGACGGCUGGCAGUCACUUACUUCACAGACCUUUAAAACUGUCAUUUCAAUGAACAAAGGAAUUCUCCAGUAUUAGAAGGGUUUGCAAUAACCUUAGCUUUCUGCAGGAGAGAGAGAAUUUCAAGAGCAAGAGUUGCAAAGAAUUGAUCCACCUCUUAAUGCCUUCCCCCUGGAAUGACCAUUCGGUUCCACCUUAUUCUUCUGCAUUUUACUUGACUUGUACCUUCUUUGCAAGGACAACUUCCAAGUCACCUCCUCCUUAUACUCUGUCAUACACACACGGCCCCAGAUGAACCAUCUUUCCCACAAUGCUGCUGUGAUCUCAUCCUGUCCUUACUAGAAUACUUCCACCGGCUCCUCCUGGUUCAGGAGCUAAAGCCCAUGUUCUCCCACUUAGCAUCUCACCACCCCAACACAGCUGGACCCCUCUUGGUCCUGCUCUGCGAAUCCCAAGUUGUGCACCUUCAUACCUGCCCCCAGUGCCCCUCCAUCUCUGCCUCUCCUUCCUGUCUCCUCACAUUUUCUCCAGCUGACCAGAAUUUUACUGAAACUCAAAAUUUACUCCAAAUCACUUCCUCCAAGAGAUUUCCCCAAGAAACUGCCCUAAGGCACUUGCUCUCUUUUUCUCUUUUCCUCUUGUACUUAUUGUUGGCUGUCACUUUAUGGGAAGUUUGUUCUGUCUCCAGCUAAGGAGCCCUGCUCUCUGCAGGAGAGGUGUGGGUGUGUCUCUUUGUCAGAGGUGCCUUCAGAAGUAAUUUGCACAUAUAACAGAUUUGUGUAGUGCUUUAUUGUUUAAAAAUGUCUGCAGAUUAUCUUAUUUAAUUUUUGAAAAUCUCUUUUAAGGUUUCCUCUAACCUCUUUCCUUUCAGGCCUUCCCCAUUAAUUAGAUUUUACUGCACUAUCUGAUGGUAAAUUUUUUGUUUGUCCUGGUCAGCCUAACUGUUUAAGUUUGCAAAUGCAAUGAAGUGUUUCAUUUCCAGUUGUUAAAACUGGCUUAGCAGAAUUUUUAUUUUCCCCCUUCUGCCUCUAUUUUAUUUGCAAUGAAAGAAAGGGUAUUGAGCCAUUUUUUCAAUGAUAUUUUUUGUAAAUUAUAUUUGUACUGGUUAAUGAUGAAGGGUUUUUUUUAAACUUGUUUGUAUAAUUCUGUAGCAGAUACUAAAUAUUUUUAUAUAGUAAGAUGCCAGAUUCAUGUACAGCACAUAUCAUUGAUCAAUGGACUGUACUUAUUUUCCAAUAAAAUUGUCAAAACCUGG